UCAAGGUCGCAGAUGGUUGUGCUGCUGCUCUCCCUCCCUCUGCUCUGCAGCCUAACCAGAACCAUGCUGCUCAGAAUCAUUGUUUCUGUCUUCACUGUUGGACUCCUGAGGUUGGACUCAGAAGGAUUCACAGAUACUGGCCCAUGGCUGUGCCAGCCAGCGCCCAGGUGUGGGGACCAGACCUAUGACCCCUUGGAGCAGUGCUGUGACAAUGACACCAUCCUGCCCCUGAAUGCAACCCGGCUGUGUGUCCCCAACUGCAUCUUCUAUCCCUGCUUCCAGCACUGCUGCCUGGAGUCCCAGGGUUCUCAGAAUCAGGCAGUGGUGACAUUCAAGGUCCCAGGCAUGAAGCCCGACUGCAGGUCCUCCCCCAUCUCCAGGAUUUGUGCCCAGGAACACCACCCAACCAGCCCUCAGCCAGAUCUGACUUCAUCUAGACCACCCAGGAGAGCAGAAUCUGAUCCAAGACUCAGAACUGAAGAUGUCAACAACCCAGAAAGAGUAAUGGAAGAACACCAACAAGGCAUAUCCAAAAGUCCUCCCUCUAGCCAAAGGACCAGGACAAGGGAAGUCUAACAAGACAUACAAUUUUUGGACAAUAAUGGCUUUACUCCAGGCAAACUUCAGCAAAGGUCAGUGGAAAACCUUUCAACUCAACUGCCUGCAAGAAGGUACUCCAAAUCCCCUUGUCUUCAUCCAUAUUUCUGUUACUAUAGCAACAUCUCUGAGGCUUUUAAUGUAUAA